UUACUGUUGGUUAUCUUCAACUCUUGUCAGGAGAACUAAGAACAAGAAGGCCUGCCUAUCCUACCGUGCGUUUUAAAGGCAAACGUAAACCGGCAGAGGAUCUGUUCUCCUCCAUCCCUCCGGGAGACUCCACGUCCUCCGGAUCAUGGCUUCCAGAUACACCCCUGAGACAAAUGCAAUGCCUCAUCUGGUCGUUAAAAUCGUUGGUAGUAGACAGGUCAAAUAUUUUGUUGAGGAACCAAACAAGUCAAAGGUGUUAAAUCCAGAAGUGGCUGCAGAUGUCCUGAGCAUAGUCUCUGAAGACAUGUCUGUACACACUGGCAAAAUAUCACCAUCAGAGACUCCUUUCCUAAACAAAGCACUGAAUGAGGGCACACACAUUCACAAGGAGUUACAACAGAUUUGUGAGAGGCAGUGUGUGACAGCACCUUGUGGUGACCGCUCCCUGUCUUACAUUCAUCUGAAGAAGAACCUCUCAGCUGUGACUGACCUCCGCCGAGCACCAACCCAAUGGCAAUCUCUCUUGGGUGGACAAGGGGAAGGUGAGAUGAAGGAUGGGGAACCAGGUGAGGAGCAGCGGCUGGUGCUGCAGGCCGUCAGGGAGGAGCUGCAGGACUGGGGAGCCUCCUCCUCCUCCUCCUACUCCACUCUGGGAAACAUCGAGCGUGACGUGCUGGAGCUGGACACCUCCCGUACAGGAGCCAUCCAUCAGGCCCAGCUCACCUACGUGUUCUUGAGAAACAAGGUUCCCUUGAAGUUACCAACUUUGGGUCGUUUGUUCCACAUGUUCUCCAAAGAGACAUGCCCUGAUGAGGUGCUGUACAGAGAAUUACUACACUUUCUCAGUGGUGUUGCAGAAGAUGAUCAAAACAAGAUGAAGAUAGACAGAAGCAGUCAGCCUCGAUCGAGGACAUCCGUGUCAGUGCAUAGUGACCCUGGCAGGCCACCCACUAAUGUCAGGACAAACGAGAGCUGGACUGAAAGGUUUCAGAAGAUGGAGAAAGCCAUGGAUCUGUGUGAUACUCAAAACACUGGGUACCUUGACAAGGACAAAGCCAGACGUCUGCUUCAAAACUACAAUGUCAUCCUCGACCUCCACUUGAGCCCCCUGAAGAUAGCUGAAGUGACUCACACCACUCCGUCGGAGGGCAAGGUCCACUUGGCCUCGGCGCUGCGGUACCUUAAGGGGUUAUGAAAA